UUCAGUAAAGCGACCCAGCCAAGCAGAAACGCUACCCAACUGUGUCCAACCAAACCUCCAUCCAACCUCCUCAACAGGAACUGACGUGCCUUCGGUGCAAGUGGAUGGAAAAAAUGCAGCUGAAGGAAAAAUGGCUCCAAACACCGCACCGCUGAAAGGUAUUUAAAGAUUUUCUACGCAACCCUUUGGGCCACACUGACUUAAAAUCUGUCACACCCAUGGCACCUUCCAGUUGACACAAUGGCCCAGAUAUCAAGUGGUAAUGGGUUCAAGCAGGAUGUCCCCCAGCCAAAGGGGGUUGUGGGUAAAGAGGAAGCCCUCCGCAUGGAGGAAGAGGCUUUAGCAAAAUUGCAAAGGGAGAAGAGACACACUCUUUCAGCUUCAACAUCCUCAUCUUCCUCUGCAGCAUCCUCAUCCUUGUUGAAACCAAAACCAUCUAAAUCUACCACUACUGCUCCUCAACCUUUACCCUCUACUCAUAGACCAGAAAAGGACCUCAUUGUCUUCCCAGAGACCAAGAAGCAGGCAGAGCAGGACAAGUUCAGGGAUAUUGAUGUGGACAAGCUGACCAAUGAGGAACUUGAAAAGCUCCUACUGGAUGAAAACUUUGGGACUAACAGCAAAGUGUCCCGGCCCUCAUCACUACUGGGGUUCAACCUCAGUGCCUCCUACCCUGGCCAUCCCUGUAGCUCCUCUCCUUUCCAGAGCAGCCAGUGGACACCUGUUCUGUCCACCCCAUCUAGCUCCAAUGUGUCCACUCCCACCCAUCAGCCUACCCCAAUGUUCCCCUCAGCUCCAUUCCCCAAACCAGGCACAUUUCAGAAUGGCUUCACUCCAACCAUGUCACCCUUCAUGGCCAUGUCGGCGCCACAGCCAUCCUUCAUGGCCUUCACUCCUAUCCAGCCUGCUGCUGCCAUGGUCUUCCCGCAGCCAGCCGUGGACCCAGAGAUGGCCAAACUGUUUGACAAGAUUGCCAGCACCUCAGAAUACUUGAAGAAUGGCAAAUCAGCCAGCACUGACCUAGAUUCCUCUCAAGCGGGCACAGCUUCUCUGGCACCCAACCCACCACCCCAGCAGCCAGCAGUGAUGGAAUCUUCUAGCAUUAGCCGCUUUGACUGGCUGGAUCUGGACCCACUUACAAAGCGUAAAGCUGAGAAUGAGGAAGCAUCCCUGGCAUCAGGAGGCACUGCAGAGACAGUACCAGGAGUUCCUGCAGGGGAUCCUUGGGAUGCAGUGCUUGAGACUGAAGGGAACAGUAGUAGCAGCAGCCCCCCGCUGGAGACGAAAGCAUCACUGUCUGUUCGCUCACAGCUCAGGAGAGCAUCAACAGGAGCGGCUGUCACUAGGAGUCACUCGCUCAACAUCCCAGGAACCUCCACCGAGCACAAACCAAACAAUCAGGACAAGGGAAAAGGAAAAGGUUUGGUGAAGAAUGCUGCCCUGGAAGAACAGGAUGCUCAAAAUCUGGAGGUUGUCGCCUUCUGUGAAGACGUAGCAACUCUGCGCUCCAAAUUCCCACAUGGCGACAUGUCCACCAACCCCGGCUACGUCCUCAGUCCUGUCAUUACCCAGAGAGACGGUGGAGGUGACAAUAGCUGCUCUGUCAAGGUUUCUAUUGAAAUCUCAGAAUCUCAGCAGCCUGUAACCUUCACCUGUGACGUGAGUUCUCCAGUGGAGUUGUUGAUCAGUCAGACUCUCUGCUGGGUCCACGAUGACCUGGACCAGGUCGACUUCUCCAGCUACCUGCUCAAAGUCUGUGGCCAGGAGGAGGUGCUGCAGAAUAAACACAGCCUAGGCAGCCAUGAGUACGUCCAGAACUGCAGGAAGUGGGAGAAUGAGAUCACAUUACAGCUACUCUCUCACUCCACCAUGAGAAGAGACUUGGCACGCAGUGCGGAAGAUGACAACUCUCCAAUAGAUUUAGAGAAGCAUCUGGGCCAAGUGGACAGGCCAUUCAAGGAGAAUGUCACCAGACAAGGCCUGGCUGAUUAUUUAGAAGGCUAUCACAAUCAAGUCAACAUCUGCCUACAAAAUGAGAGUACCCAGUAUAAGACAGUGGACCGUUUGGUGCAGACUAUGAAGAACCUGUGCUGUGCUCUGGAUGAGGUGGAGACCCAAGCCAUUACAGAAGCUGUCAAAAGGCUGCGACACUGCAUCAAUUUACCUAGGACACGCUCACCCAAGAUGGGGUCCACAUCAUCUGGUCAAUCAUCAAAUGAUCACACCAGUCCUGUGGAGGAGAGCAUGGCCUUACUGACACGGGCUGUCUACGAUCUGGCAAAGCUCUACUUGCGUUCCUUCUGCCCCCCAUCCGCCUCCUUCAGCUCACCGCCGUUGCCCCAGGCUGCAGACGGGGAAGGCGAAGAGGGGAAGAGCAGUAAAGAAGCUUCUGGCACCACAGACCACCUUCAGUUCACUCUGUUUGCCUUGCACGGCAUCCCGGCCAACUGGGUCAGCAGUUAUGAGAAGUACUUCCUGAUGUGUUCCCUCACCCACAAUGGCAAGAACCUCUUUAAACCGGUCCAGUCCAAGAGAGUGGGCACAUACAAAAGCUUCUUCUACCACAUCAAAUGGGAUGAACUGAUCAACUUCCCCAUAGCAGUAGCUGUUCUCCCACUAGAGUCCAUACUGAGCCUGACUCUGUUCGGAGUGCUGAACCAGAACGCCACCGGCUCCCCAGACUCCAACAAACAGAGGAAAGCUCCAGAGCUGCUGGGAAAAGUCUCUAUGCCGCUCUUUGACUUCAGACGGGUGCUUGCCAGGGGCAGCAGGUUGUUGUGUUUGUGGACAUCUCCCCAGGGAGUUGCUACUGCCGCCGGCUCUACAGGCAGCCGCAAGAGGGUGCCUGCAGAGAGAAUAGUACUACAGGUGGACUUCCCCAACUCAGCGGUGGAUGUUUUAUACGUGGGACCCAAGGAAGCCCCCAGCCCGGAUCCCCACACACUGGAGGAGCUGGACCCUGAUCUGCGACGCAAACUGGAGAAAAUCUGCAGCCGAGCUUCCAAUUUCGGGCUGAAGCGGGCAGAUCACCAGCUCCUAUGGGACCAUCGGCUUCACUGUCGGAAGGACCACACCAGCAGCCUCCCCAAGGUGCUGGCCAGUGUGCCCAGCUGGGACUGGGCCAGCAUGGCUCAUAUCCACUCCCUGCUGCACCACUGGCCCACUCUGCCCCCCGUCACUGCGCUGGAGAUGCUCGACUCAAAGUUUGCAGAUACUAAAGUGAGAAGUGUGGCUGUUAGUUGGAUUGAGAAGAGCAGUGAUGAUGAGCUGGCUGACUACCUGCCACAGCUAGUACAGGCAUUAAAGUUUGAGUGUCACCUAAAGAGCGCCCUUGUCAUGUUCCUGCUGUCCAGAGCACAAGGCAACAUCAACAUUGCCCACUACCUCUACUGGCUGCUGAAGGACGCUGUGCAGGAUGCUGCCUGGGGACGACGCUAUGAGCGGGUGCUGGGUGCCCUGCUGUGUCUGUGCGGAGCCAAGCUGAGGGCGGAGCUGGAGAAACAGACCCACCUGGUCACCCUGCUGGGAGCUGUGGCUGAGAGGGUCAGACAGGCUGGGGGUUCUACACGACAGGUGGCGCUGCAGGAGGGCCUUGAAAACGUUCAGAACUUUUUCCAGAGGAACAGCUGCCGACUGCCCCUCAGCCCCAGUCUGGUGGCCAAGGAGCUAAACAUCAAGGCCUGCUCCUUCUUCAACUCCAACGCAGUUCCCCUCAAGCUGGCCCUGGUCAACGCCGACCCACUGGGAGGAGAGAUCAAUGUUAUGUUCAAGGUUGGAGAAGACCUGCGGCAGGACAUGUUGGCUCUUCAGAUGAUCCGCAUCAUGGACCGCAUCUGGCUGCAGGAGGGGCUGGACCUCCGCAUUGUCAACUUCAAAUGCAUCUCCACCGGCAAGGACAAAGGCAUGGUGGAGCUGGUGCCGUCCUCCGACACCCUGAGAAAGAUACAGGUGGAGUACGGCGUCACCGGAUCUUUCAAGGACAAACCGCUGGCAGAGUGGCUCCGCAAGUACAACCCUGCUGAGGAUGAGUAUGAGAAGGCAUCAGAGAACUUCAUCUACUCAUGUGCAGGAUGUUGUGUGGCAACCUACGUACUGGGCAUCUGUGAUCGCCAUAAUGACAAUAUUAUGCUGCGCUCCACUGGUCACAUGUUCCACAUCGACUUUGGCAAGUUUCUGGGCCACGCCCAGAUGUUUGGCAGCUUCAAAAGGGACCGAGCUCCGUUCGUUCUGACCUCUGACAUGGCGUACGUCAUCAACGGAGGCGAGCGUCCCACCAGUCGUUUCCAGCUGUUUGUAGACUUGUGUUGCCAGGCCUACAACCUCAUCCGCAAGCACUCCGGGCUUUUCCUCAAUCUGUUGUCACUGAUGACGUCCUCAGGCCUCCCAGAGCUGACCGGCUCUCAGGAUCUGAAGUAUGUGUUUGAUGCCCUGCAGCCACACAACACAGAUGCUGAGGCAACUAUCUUCUUCACCAGGCUGAUAGAGUCCAGUCUGGGCAGUGUGGCCACCAAGUUCAACUUCUUCAUCCACAACCUUGCCCAGCUACGAUUCUCUGGUUUGCCAGCCAACGACGAGCCCAUCCUAUCUUUUUCCCCCAAGACUUACACUCUGAAACAGGAGGGCCGCAUCCUCCACGCCUCCAUCUUCUCCUUCCAGAAGAGAUACAACCCUGACAAGCACUAUACGUAUGUGGUGAGGAUCCUGAGGGAAGGUCAGAAUGAGCCCCAGUUUGUCUUCCGCACUUUUGAUGAGUUUCAGGAGCUCCACAACAAACUCACCAUACUCUUCCCCCUCUGGAAGCUGCCGAGUUUCCCUAACAAAAUGGUGCUUGGCCGCACUCACAUCAAAGAAGUGGCGGCCAAGAGGAAGCUGGAGCUCAACAACUACGUCCACAACCUGAUGAGGAGCUCCACAGAGGUCACCCAGUGUGACCUGAUCUACACCUUCUUUCAUCCAAUUGCACGGGAUGACAAGACAGAAGGUUUAGAUGCCACGCCCAAAGCACCAGAGCCUCCACUGAGUCCCACUUCUGGUCGGGUGGAAGGAGAAGUGAAGCUCUCAAUCUCCUACAGGAACAGCACUCUCUUCAUCAUGGUCAUGCACAUCAGAGAUCUGGUUUCUGAAGAUGGAACAGAUCCCAACCCAUAUGUGAAAACCUACCUGCUUCCAGAUCCACACAAGACUUCCAAACGCAAGACAAAGAUCUCGAGGAAAACCAGGAACCCUACUUUCAAUGAGAUGUUGGUGUACAGUGGCUACAGCAAGGAAACCCUGGGCCUGCGUGAACUUCAACUGAGCGUGCUCAGUGCGGAGUCACUGCGUGAGAACUACUUUCUGGGCGGCAUCACGCUCAGACUCAAAGACUUUGACCUCAGCAAGGAGACGGUCAAGUGGUACAAACUUACGGCCGUCCCCUACUUCUAAGCCCCACCUGCCUCUCCCAAAGCUGAGAACAACUCUGCCUCUCCAGAAAAAAGCUGCAUUCACAUCAUAUGGGAAAGGUGGCAGAUACGGCCUUACUUGAAAAUACUGGUCACUUGAGUUUUCAGUUCAUAAAAAUACUAUUUCAGAACUUGGAGAUGGUCUGGAGAUGGACCCUAAUUUUUUUCGAGGAUUUCUGACAUAAUUAAAUUCGAGGUAUAAGCAGUGAUCUUCAUUUUAAAUCUAACAAACCAAAUGGACCAUUUCUUUCACAUAAAUCAUGUUGUAAUUAGUGUUCUUAAGACGUCAUGGCAGGAUACAGCUUGUUGCUGAAAAACAUGUAGCACUAAGUACAUAUGUGUUGAACAACUGAGCAGUAACAACCUCAUUCUACAGAAUGUCAUCAUCCUUACAGCUUCAAACAAGGUUGAACACCUCCAAGUCAUUGCUUGUAAUAAUGAUCAUGUUAUUUCGGUGGUUGUUCCCAUAUGACAUGAAUGCAGACUUAAAAACUCCUUCAGAAGCACCCUCAAAGGGCGCCCGAACAUGCCGAUUCACAAACCCUCAAAGGGGAGCCUGCUCUCCAUUCCUCACUAUUUUUUCUCUCUCCCUCUUUAACUAAUCAAGAUUGUUUCUGUGACAAACAAUCUCCACUUAUUUUGUCUCUCAUUUUCCUAAACUAUAACGAAGAGCUGUAAUGUUUUGUACAUUUUGAUAUUAGAGGACCAAAACGGCUUACUUUCAGAAGAGUAUAUAUAGAUUGACACAUUUAUUUUUUAAGGAAUAGAAAGGGGGCUCAUUUUUACAUUUUCCUUGUUUAUUUUCUAUAUAGACAAAUAGGAGGCAUCAGGGUUUCCUGCUUUGCAGCAGACACUUCUGGGUAGAGUAGACCAACACACCAGAUUCCAGGAAAUCAACAGUAACCUUAUGAUUCCCCAAGAACGUGCCAAAAGUGAUAAGGAUGGCAAAUCAAACCAGUCUCCCGAGUAGGGAGCUGAACAAGGUGCCUUUGUUUGUGCUCACAAUCUCUUUAAUGCUCAACUUGGCCUUAUUGCUAUAUAUAUUUUAUUAACAAUCUGAUAUGUCCUUAUUAAAGAAAAAUCUAUAUUCUGUAAAGCUAUAUCAAUAGUUCUUCCAGAGCAGGUCUGGUGCCGGACCGGCACCAUAAAGGUUUUUUGUAACAGUGGACUGCCACUAAAUGCACACUACCAGGUCUUUCUCUCAUGGUAUUACUUGACUAUUUUCACACAGCACACCUUAAAGGGGAACUUGUAUCAUAAGCUUUGGAACACGCUCUUGUCUGUGCUCUGGAUGAAGAGAUUAUGGUUGCCCAAAAACACUGAUCAUAAGUCAGUUCAGUGUUUUCUUUCAGGUGAUUUUAAAACUACAAUUCAGACUUUUCAAAAUGCAGUUUAGGGACUGAGUUAAAACUGGAGUCUGGAUGUGAGGCUGUUUCAGCUCAGGCAGCAAUAACACACUCACUCCCAGCACCUAAUAGUGGUGUAAUGACGCCAUGAGAAGUAACUGGGUAAAAGCUUAGCAAUAACUUAAACUGCCAGUGAAGUCCAGAUCCAACCAGGUUUUAUGAUAUUUAAGUGAGAAAACAUUCUGAAUGGUGAGAGAAUGUCAGGAAAACUGAACAUAAAUCAGCGCUGAAAAGGCAACUUUAUCUUCUUCACAAAAAGGGAACAAGAUCCUGAGCAAGAGAUUAGCUGCUCUCCUCUCCACUCGCUAACUAUAAAUCUAAAGUUGUUGUUAAUGUUUAAUAAAGAAAUUAAGAUGAAUUUAUCUGAAAAGGUUUUUUUUAAGAGAAGAUCUACAAGACAUUUGUGAUCUAUAAGCAACACUCAAAACUAUGAAUAGUAGUGAUGUGAUCCACUAUUUUAGUGACUGUACAAAGAAAGCAAGCAGAGUUUGUAUUAACAUGGCCAGUUAUUUAUUCUUAAUUGGUGACCUGUAACCUGAAUGGAACAGUGUGUACUGUAAUCCCUCUUUGCUAAAGCAAAUUAAAUGUUUUUGGAACAAA